GGAUUAAUAUCUACAACAGCAUGUAGUACGGAAACAACAUGGCGGUCUCCGUACGUGUUCACUCACACGUUAUUUUAUUAUUAUUAUUCAUGGUUACAAUGCAUUCUAAUUAUGCAUUUGGACGCAAGGAUUAUGGCGUAGAUAUCCCUAGUGAAAUGAAACGAAAUAUUAUUGAAGAUUCGGUAAAGAAACAUAAAAUAAUUUCUACAGUAGGAAGUCCAGGUGCACAUAAGGAAAGAAAGCUAGGUCCUCACCAUGUACGUAGUGCCAGGAAACGUCCACCUUUAAAGAUUUUUGAAUCUCGUGAAUGUAAAACUGAAGUCAGUCUAUAUUGUAGCAAAAACACAUAUGAAAAUAAUAUUGAAAUAUUAGAAUGCUUGCAAAAUGACUUAAAGGUUGGGGAAGAACUUAGCAAGGAAUGCCAACAUCUUCUAUGGACCUACAAAAGAAAUUUAACCAAAGAUGAUAGGUUUGAAUCUGCUGGCAAAGAAGUGUGCCGUAAGGAAUUGGAAAUGGCGGUAGAUUGCCAAAAUUUCCGUCGUGGCUCGGGCCACUUGAUUCCCUGCUUAUUUGAACAUAUUGAUAACAUCACAGAUAGCAGUUGUAAACAAUUUCUGCUGAAAAUGGGAAGCAUAAUUUUUAGUGAUUAUCGUUUAGUUUCUAAUUUUGUUGACAACUGCCAGCGAGAUAUCGAUAAAUUAAAAUGUGGUCGAGUUCAACUUGAAGAAGAAGAUGAUUCACCUCAUUUGCAAGGAAAAACUAUUGAAUGUUUAAAAGAAAAAAUAAGAACAUUAUCUGAUAAUUGCCAUCGUCAAAUUCAACGAGUUACUGAGUUACAAGCAGAUGACUACCAUCUAGAUCGCCCUCUCUUCUAUGCAUGCAGAUUAGAUCGUGAACGAUUUUGUGAUAAAGUAGCUGCUGGUAAUGGUCGUAUAUUUGAUUGUCUAAUGAAGCAUAAGUUUGAGAAUGACAUGUCAGAUAAGUGCCGACAAAAGCUUGUGUUACGUCAACAACUUAUUGCAGAGGAUAUUAAAAUUGAGAAAGGAUUUUUUGCUGCUUGCCAUAAUGACAUUGAGCAGUAUUCUUGCUUGAAAGAUUCUAAAGGCUCUGCAGUGGUGCAAAGGGCUUCAGUGAUGCUGUGUUUGGAGAAUAAUAUGAAAAAAGGUAUGCCAAUUUCAUCAGAAUGUACAGCAGAAGUUGAUGAUAUGAGAAAAGCAAUAAUGGAAGAUUUUCAGAUUACUCCUGAAAUUGUGAUAAAUUGUGAUGUUGAAAUUCGCCAGUAUUGUAGUGGAGGCAGCAGUAAAGAAGGGAAAACAUUACAUUGUUUAAUGGAAUUAUCACGACCAGUCCAUUUCAAGGGUACCCUUAAAUUAAAAAAACAUAUUAGUCAAGAAUGUGAAACUCAGUUAACUAACCUUUUGCAUGAGGCUGAUGUUGGACAAGAUUUCCGUAUUGACCGUGCUUUACAAAAAGCAUGUCAACCUGUUGUUGAUGUUGCAUGCAGAAGUAUCCAGCCAGGUGAUGCAAGAAUUAUGAGUUGUCUGAUGGAGAAACUUGGAACAGAUAAAAUGACUGAUGAAUGUGAAGAGCGUUUGAUUGAAAUUCAAUAUUUCAUAUCAAGAGAUUUUAGACUUGAUGAACAAAUUUACAGCCAUUGUCAUAAAGAUGCAGUGAGUCUGUGUCAUGCAGACAAAGAAUGGUAUAAUCCAAGAGGUCCUAACAAUAGUCCACUCAUCUUGCCUUGUCUAUACAAUUUCAUGAAAAGAGACUCAGAAUUGCAACAGGUUUCACGUGCAUGUAAGCAUGAAAUUAAGCGUGUUAUGAGACAAAGAGCACACAGUGUAAAUUUAAUGCCUUCAAUUCAAAAUGCUUGUCUGCAAAAUUUGGGGCAGUAUUGUUCAUUUGAAACUGACAAAGGACAGGAAGUAAGAUGUUUGCAAGAUAAUUAUGAGAAAUUAUCUGAUGACUGUCAAGAAGCUGUACGUACCUUCACUGAAGAUGAAGAUGAAAACAUUGAACUGGAUGCUAUUCUCAUUCGAGCAUGUACACCUAUGAUAAAAAAAUUCUGUGAAGAUCAAUUAGAUAAUGAUGUCGAUCCAUCUGAAGUAAUGGACUGCUUAAUUGAACACAAACAUCACCAAGAUAUGAAUAGAAAAUGUGGUGCUGGAGUUGAACAUCAUCAACUGAUCCUUUUAAAAGAUUAUCGAUUCAGCUUUAAAUUUAAAGAAUCUUGUAAGCGAUCUGUUGCAGCCCACUGUAAGAAUAAGAAAACGAAGCCUGAUGUUAUUGCUUGUCUAAGUGAACAUGUUCGCAAUGACACAUUAUUAGAUGAAAAACAUCGCAUUGAGAAAGAUUGUCGACACCAACUCAGAGUAGAACUUUUACAAAGAAGUGAAAGCUUGAAUUUAGACCCCGAGUUAAAAAAAGCAUGUGAAUUGGACAGAAAAAAGUUUUGUGCUCAUAAGUCUCCAGGAAAUGCUCAAAUUAUUGAAUGCUUAAAAGAACACCAACCCCGUCUUUCUGAUAGUUGUCAUAAGGUUAUCUUUAAAAGAGAGAAAGCUGAUAGCAUUGAUAACAGCAUUGAUUAUACUUUGAAAGUAGUCUGCAAGAAAAUGAUCAAACAUUACUGCAGCAACUACAAAUCUGUAGAAAUUUUAUAUUGUUUGAAACAACACAAAAACGAUGAAGACUUUGAUCCAAAUUGUAGGCAAAUUGUUAUUCAGCGACAGAAACUUCAGAAUACAGAUUAUCGCCUAAAUCCUCAGCUUCAGCAGGCAUGUAAAAUGGAUAUUAAUAAAUUUUGCUAUCAAAUAAUUAUUAACACCAAAAAAGAUCAAGACCUUGAAGGCAAAGUCAUUAAUUGCUUAAAAAAGCAGUUUGUUCAUCAAAUGCUUUCAAAAAAUUGUGAAUAUGAAAUUCAGGGAGUUAUCAAAGAAGCUGCUUUGGAUUAUCAACAAGACCCUAUUUUGGCAAAGGCUUGUCAUGAGGAAAUCACCCAGUAUUGUUUUGAAGACGCUAAUAAAAAAGAUAAUGCACCAUAUGAGGUUGAAGAUAAUGGUAAAGGGCGUAUUUCAGAAUGCUUGAAAGAUAAACUGAAAGAUGGUUCCAUUAAAAAUAAAAUGUGUGUCAAGGAAAUUGCUAGAAUCAUUUAUGAAGGUUCUUCAGACAUACAUGUUGAUCCAGUUUUACACACAGCUUGCAGAAGAGAUAUUCAGAUCUUUUGUCAGAAAGUUCAACAAGGAAUGGGACAACAAAUGUCAUGCUUGCUAUCUGCUCUAGAGAACAAAUUGCAAUUGAGUCAUCAAUGCAGUGAAAGAUUACAACAAAGGAAAGAGAUGUGGGAGUAUGCUGCUCAUGUUGCUCCUCCUGAAAGUUUUAAAGAUAUAGUUGCUGAAAUGCAUAGUUCCCCAGCUAAAUAUUACUUUCUUGGAGUUAUUAUCACACUCAUUGGAUUUAUUUUUAUUGCUGGUCUUACUUGUGGUAGAGUAACAAAACGUCAACGAGCUGAACUAAAAAAUAAAUAGAACAGUAUUAUGUAAAUAAUUAGUUUUUUUUUUUCUGUUUUGUUUUGUUUUGUUUUUCUUUAAUGAGAACAAACAUAGCUGUGCUGCUGCAAAAUGUUUUACCUUGUUUGUGUCAUAUUAUUUGUCUCUGUUGUUAAAUUUAAUUUAUAACAUGAAUUUUGAAAGAAAUGUGUGAAUGGUUAACAUAAAUUCAAUGUAAAAUGUCUUCUUGAGUUUUAUAUGUAGCUAUUUUCAUUAUGUAAAAUUUUUUUUUUGUGUUCUUUCUUUUAAAUAUUUCUGGGAAGACACACAAACACACAUACACAUGCUUACACAAUUACUAAUUGUGUUCCUUAAUUAUUAUUUUUUUUUAUUAUUAUUAUUAUUAUAUUCCUGAAAAGUUUGUAAAUAUUCAGUCUUGCUUUCAAAAAGUAAAAGUUCCCCAAUCAGAUACAUAAAAUUUCCAAUAUGUUGACUAAAAUUAUGUUUUAAAAAUAUUUCAAUGAAAUAUUACGAAGCAAAAUAAGUUUUAAAUAUUCAAAUAAGAUUGUGUAAAUUUAUGAUAUUAAAUUUUGAAUAAUUUUUUUUAAACUCUCGACACUCAAAGUUAUUGUGAUUGCAUAUUUGGAUGUCAACUAUUAUUAGAAACAUUCAUACAAACUUUACAAAUAUAUUAAAAUCUCUUUACAUCUCUCCCUAUUAAGCUAAAAUAAAUAAAAGGUUUCAUUUAAAUCUUCCUACAUUAUUUACUCAUUUAGAUUAAAAUAGAUGGUAUAAUUUAAGUAUAUUCGGCAAGUUCCUUGUAUAUAUCUUGAUGUGGAUUUAUUUCUGAUUAUAGACACAAAUCGCCACAUCAAAAUUAAGAAAAUGUUAGAAUAUUAUAUAAAAAAGCAAAGCAAUUACUAAAACAUUAACACAUCAUUAAACUUUUCAAUUAUUGCAUUUAUGUGUUUCAACAUUGUGGAACAUUUGAUUAAUAUUUGUUCUGAAAGCCAAGCCCCAUUUGUUUUAGAGCAGAAUUUAAUCAAUAAAACAUUAACUGUGAUAAUGUGGUCUUGGAAAAAAAUUAUCUCAUAUUUUCCACAAAUGAAACAUUCAUAUAUUUGAUUUACAGUCUUUGUUCUUUACAAGCAAAUAUAAGAAAUACAGUAUUUUACAGCCUCAGACUAGUCUCAAAAUAAAUUUAUUAUUAAAGCUAAAAUUAAAAACUAAAAAUGUUGAAUAGCCAGUAAUAUUUUAUGAUUUUGUUUUCACUAUAAAUCUCAAACCCUGUAUGAUAUUUGUAAAAGAUUACCUAGCAUUUUAACUGUUUAGUAUUGUUAAAUUAUAAUAUAAUAAUUUUAUAUAAACUAAAAUAAAAAGUAAUUAAAAAAAUUUUUUUUAAAAUUUAGUGUAUUGAACUUAUGAUUAUGUAACUGUCUACAUAGUUGGAUAUUUUUCAAGGACUUAUUCAUUAAAAUAUUUGUUUACUUAUUCAGAUAAAAUUUUGUUUUAAAUUUUUUCUUAAAACAAUUUAAAUCUUAGAACUAGAAUUAUCUGUUCUGUUCUCUAUUUUUCACAAGUUUAUGUUGGUUGGUGGAGAGUUGUAAAAUUAAUAGAAAGCAAAGAAAAAUACCAAAGGCGUAUUUUACUGAUCAUUAGAUUUGAUUCAACAUAAGAUUAUCUUAAUCAGCUUGGAAAUUACUCUGAACAUUUUCAUGUUUUGUAACCCAAAAGAAUUAUCAUCUUCAUUUCUUAAAUAAAACUAUUUUCCUUCCAAUGAAAUAAAAUGUCUUUUCAGUUUUA